UUCCUAUAUUGGCCACAGGAGGGCGCCAAUGCCCUGUUUCCCAAUUCUGUUUUUGUUAUAAUGUUUUUAUCUUUUCGCUACAAGGUGAUUUUCUUUUCUCAACAUGUUAUUUCUUUUUUGUCCACAAGAUGACACUGUUAUCUCAGRCAGCUUUUAUUUCUCUGUCUUUACGUUAUUAUUAUGACUACAAAAUGAUAAUGUUAUCUGAAUCGCUUUCUACCGUUUUGGCCACAAGAUUGCACUGUUUUACCAGCUAAAUUUGUUUUGUUUUAGUUUUGUUUCGUCUUCUGCCAGUGGUAUCCCAGUUUUUAAUAAAGUGAUUUUUUUUUUUUCCCCUCUAUUCUUAUGUUUUUUUCUUUGUUGGCCACAAGAUGGCGGUGUUUAUCCAUCAUCUUUCCUAAGAGAAAUAAAUGUAAACCAGUUACUUUCCUCAUGGGGUAAUUGAACUCACCCGUCAAGAUGWUCUCUUAGAUGUUUUUUUAUUUGUUUGUUUUGUUUUUUAGAUUAUUGAAGGACAAUAAAGGCUUUCAGAGGAAGGUUAUGUGUGAAUGUGUUGAUAUUAAAGAAAAGGUUUGAGAUGAAACAUGAUGUGGGGAGUGUGUGAAAGAAAGAGAGGGAGCGUGGAGGAAAACUGAGCUGAGAUCUGAGAAACCCUCUCAGUGUGUGACUGGAAGCAGCAUCACAUGUGAGGGUUCCCUGCUGGAGUGUUUGUCCCAGAGUUUAAUUUAGAUGCAGACAGUUAAAGAUACAUUUCUCUGAAUGAGGAUCACAUGAAGGUGGAUGGAUGUUGGGAUGAAGGCACCAUGAAGAGCUUUUCCCAUCUCUGCUUGGUUUGGAUUUUUCUGAGAGGAAGCUUUUUACUGUUGGUUCUCUCUGUGCACGGCUCAGCAUCACCACAGCCCCACAAAGACCAGGMUGGUUCUGUGAAGAUCUGGGCACUUCAGACCAGGAGCGUGACUCAGAACUCCCUGUCCAAGCAGGGACUUUGGGAGACCCUUGGAGGCACCUCUGAGCUCCACUCUGACCCGUCUGGGCCGAAGCUGCAGCCCAUCGUGAAGGCUGCAGGAAGGUCCAAACUGUCCAGGACGUUCAGCUGGGGGGACUUCCACUCCAACAUCAAAACAGUCAAACUCAACUUGCUGGUCAUGGGGAAGAUCGUGGACCACGGGAACGGCUCGCUCGGCGUCUACUUUCGGCACAACUCCACGGGGGUGGGCAACGUGUCGGUCAGCCUCGUCCCGCCCGUGAAAGAGGUGGAGUUCGACCUGGAGCGCCAGAGCGUGGUCCACCCCAAGGACUCCAAGGCCUUCAGCUGCAGGGUGGACUACGAGAAGACGGAGCGCAGCAAAAAGGUGAUGCUGUGCAACUACGACCCGUCGAAGACCUGCGACCAGGAGCAGACCCAGAGCCACAUCACCUGGAUGUGUUCCAAACCGUCCCAGGUCAUCUGCGUCUACAUGUCCUUCUACAGCACGGACUACAGGCUGGUCCAGAAGGUCUGUCCAGACUACAGCUCCCAGACUGCAGCUCUGCCCACAGGCUGAACAGGAUUUAAAAAGGAGAGGAUUUUAAAGAAACUCUACCUUUUUUUCUGAAUUUAGACAACCUUAGGCAGAACCGUGCUAUAAGAACAAAGUAAAUGUCAGGAUAGAUUAGUGUCUUCUUCUCACCGAUGUUUUAAAACCAGGUAGCAAUCGUCUGCUGUCAGAGGAGCGCUCAUCGUUAUGCAUCUGGAGCUCCUGCAGCUCUUUACGUGUCAAAACGUCUUCAGCCAAGACAAACUGAGAACUCAUCUGGCAGCUUUUGAUUUGUGAACCAAUGAAAACUUGUAUAGCGGUUUGUAGAAACAAUAAAGUUAGAAGUGCAGACCACCAGGUUUGAUGAAUUCUUAAACACAAGCCAGCUCUUGACUUACAGCUGCAGAAUUAUGAAGUAAAAAUGUACAUUAUGUAAAUGUAAAAAGCACUUAGUCAUUGAAAACUUUUUGACUUUCAGUUUUAGUUGUUGGAGUAGCAACAAAUUUGUUAAAAAGCUACAUUUAAAAAUUAGGUUUUAUGAGACAUAAAAUAAAUAAAAUCACCCAGACAAAGAUGAAACUGCAUUCAAUACAAAAUAGUUGUGGUUUAUUUUUCUGGAAACAAAAAAAAUGGCAACAACUAAGUGUCACUUUUCAAAAUCAGAAAUAUCUACAGGAUAGAAACAACGGUUCCUUCUAUCGAUUACCAUUUUCCACCAGCUUGAAAUGAAAACUUCAGAUCUUUUGUUGUGUGUGUGUGUGGCCUGUUUUAGUUUUUUUUAUUCCACAAUUCUGAACAUUAAAACGUGUUCAUUGUAGUUUCUUUUCCCUUUACUCGUUAUGCCUGCAAAAAAACAACAACAUCCACUUCUUUCAGUUUCACUGUUUAAAAUGCUGUUGUUUCAAAAACACUCGUCUGUACAAAUUCCUAUGAAAAAAAUAGAACAAUUCUGAAGGGAGGAAGCAGGAAAUAAAACAAUAAAACAUAAAACUAACACAAAAUCUGUCACAACAGAACAUCAACAUGCCUGAUUGAAACCUAAUGUAACCAUUUCUUGACAUUUCCUCUACCUCUGUGGUCUCUUGGUGUGUUUGUUUGUUUGUUUGUUUGUUUGUUUGUUGAACAUCGUUUUCCUCUGAGACAUUUUCUCCAAGAGAAUCAUCCAGUUGUGCGUUGCUGUUUUCUUUUCUCUUCCGUUUCAAAGCAAACAUGGAUGCAGUUGAAUGUUGGGACUGAGCUACA